CUUAUUUAUAUCAUACUUCUUAAAAGUCAGUGCAGUUGUACAAUUUCCCAUACUAUGACCUCUGAAAUUCAGAUAGUUGAGUCUCAGACCUCUUUACCUGAUCAACUGAUCAUCAAAUCAUCUUCUUCUUCAACCAAGAGCACAGGCGGGGCGAAGGCGAAACUUAUAAGGUCUCAUAUCCCAGUCAAAAAAUGUGGACCACAGCAAUUAAUGAAAAAACUCAAGCCAAAGACGCCAUUGGUCAAAAGGUACUUUACUUCAGGGCAUGAUAUAAAUGAGAAGAAUAGAAGAGAGGCGACAGAUGAACCGUCUCCCUUUCAAUAUCCAAAAGAUCUGGAGGUUUUCGCUCACAAGGUCAUGACCAAGGCUUGGAGGAACGAUGUGAGGCUGAAAGAACUGAAAAUGAGUUGCUUUAAAAAACCGAGCCACAAAGAUCGGCAAAAAAGGGACCUGCUUAACAGACUGUACGUCGAAGAGCCUAAGCUUAUGGAUGUUAAGACUAUUUUGGAACUGGCUCCUGAGUAUUUCAAGAUAGUAGAAGGUAGACCAAUACCUGAUCAUCUGGACAUUAGGCAGUACAUUGAGACGGUCAGGGAAUCUCUAAGGACUAAAAUUAUAAACGGAUAUAGAGAAGAUGACAUAAUGUUGAUAGAGGAGAACAUACUAUUAGAACAGAAAAUCAUUGACACUAUUAGAGACAACUACGAUAAGUAUGUCAACGCUUUCGAAGAGUUCCUGUAUAGAGAUCAUACAUCUUCCAUGAAAUUACUAAAGGACUCUGAAAUAGCGGCUCAAGAAGCGUACGAUAAAUAUUCUGAGUACAAAACGGUUUUGAAAAAGUUCGGAGCGAUCAGAUCCUCGAUAUACAACUCGGAGGAAAAAUGGCGCAACUGUCAAAUGUACGAGAAAUUCUUGUUUUUGGUCAGCCCGUUCAGUUGGAGGGUGCAGCGAUUUAGUAGCAAGUAUGGAUCAGAUACUACGGAAGAAGAAAUGGACGAACACCUUUUCUUAAAGUAUCAACUGUCUCAGGAGGAGCACGAGAUGUCGCUCACGAAUCUACUGGAUCAGUUCAAGGACAAAAAGGACGAGGUACAGGUUCCUGAACUGUAUUUUACCAGCGCAGAACAACUUAUCGAUGUCUUCAGAUUCAUGGAAAUGCAGAACUUGAAUUCUCUGCUCCACUCUGAAGAGUUGGCCGUUCCUCUGGAGCAAGUCCGCGACGGUAUGCGCGAGGCAGAAGCCAUGUUUGACGAGGAAAUUAACAAUUUGCAAGAGAUGAUUGAUAAACUUGAAGGUGGCAUAAGCUGGGAGGAAGAACGAGCCAAGUACCUGGAAGACCUCGCCCUCAAACUCAUCGGCAACGAGUUCAAAAACCUGAUAAUGGCCGACGAAGUACUCAACCUCCACGUGUUCGUCGAGGACGUGUACGAGACCCGCAUCGGACCCAACGACGCCAACCUGGGCAUGGCCGAAAUGAUGAGGGCCAUAGAGACGAAGUACCGCAACGAACUGCUGGCCAUGGACAAAGUUCCGGCCGAACAAGUGGCCAUGCUGGAGAGAGGCUGCUACGCCGAACAGAUGAUGAUGAUGCGGUUGGCGGAGAAGGCUGCCAAGCAGUACUCGGAGCUGCAGAGGGUUACCAGCAAGUUGAACAAAGCGUUCGCGCCUCCUUUUGUCAAGGUCGGCGGCAAAGAGCUUAAGAAGAGGUCUCCACCACACGAACGUAGGCUGCAACAGGUGGUACAGCAGCGCGAUUUGACACCUGGUGAAGCGGAGUACCUUGAUUACUUCACUGACUUCUGCAAGUACGCCGAUGACCCUAAGGACUACGGUAUUGACGUCACCGGUAUUCCUGGAGGUUCUUCGGCGGAAGAAAAUGUCCACUAGAACGAAAUAUUAUGUGCAUCUAAUGUAGUAAUCUUAUUCAGAUUGAUUAUAUAAUCAAUAAUUAUAUAUAUAUAUACAAAAAAUUUUCA